AUGGGUUUCUGAGCGAUUCUAAGCACCAUUGGAGAAUUUGGAAUUUUUCAGAAGCUUAUACUUUGUGCACUAACCUUUCCAAAUGUAUUACUGCCUCUUGCUCUGUGUAAUUUCCUUUUCAUUCGUUCCGAUCCAGCUCAUCAUUGUAACACCGACUGGAUUCUCAAGGUAGCUCCUAACCUGACGUUGGAUGAGCAGCUGAACCUGACCAUUCCCCUGGAACGAAAUGGUUCUCUCAGCCAAUGUCACAUGUUUGUUCCGGUUAACUGGGACAUUGGAACCAUCAGGGAGAAUGGACUCGAUGAGACCACUGUGUGCCAGGACGGCUGGGUGUACUCGAACACCAUGUAUGAAGCAACUAUCGUCAUUGACUUCGAUCUCGUCUGCGAUAAAUCUUUCGUGACUGCUGUUGUACAAAUCAUUUUCAUGGCUGGCAUACCCUUUGGCUCUGUCAUCGUUUGUCCGCUUGCAGAAUCGUAA